AUUGUAACCGCGGUGAAGGCUCGCAUCGGCAUAAAAUGCAUUCGCAACAUCUACGGCAUGACGGAGUUGUCGUUUCCGAGCAAUGUGAGCGGACGCGACGAUGAUGAUGACGAGUUCGAAAAUCCAGGUUGCGGGCGGCUCUUGCCUGGUUUCCGCAGCAAAGUGCUCGAUCUCGAGUCACAAGAGACGCUGGAGGCUGGCCAGGUGGGCGAGAUCUGUUUUUUCGGGGAGCAAGUGAUGUUGGGUUACUGGAACAACCCCGAGGCAACCAGACAGGCUAUUGACCAGGACGGAUGGUUUCAUACCGGCGAUAUCGGCUACUUCGACAACAAGGAGAGGCUACACGUGAUCGAUCGCGCCAAGGAACUGAUCAAGUACAAAGGCUAUCAAGUCUCGCCGUCGGAGAUAGAAACCGUCUUACUGUCGCAUCCCACGGUAAAAGACGCCGCGGUC